AUGAAGGUCUUCGCCCGCAUUGGAACGAUUGCUCUGGCGGCACUGUACCUACAGCAAUGCUCCGCUCAAUACAUCAACGAGCAAUAUACCGAUCCCGUGAACAAGAUCACUCUCAGCACCUGGCGACCGGACCCUGGUUCUAAUUCCGGGGGUGGAGAUGCUGCCACGUACGCCUUUGGCUUGGUCUUGCCUCCGGAUGCUCUGACCAAAGAUGCCAACGAAUACAUCGGUCUCUUGCGCUGUGAUGUUGGUGAUGCGGCCAGUCCCGGAUGGUGUGGUGUCUCCCACGGCCAGUCAGGACAAAUGACACAGUCGUUGUUGCUCAUGGCUUGGGCCUCUAAGGGCCAAGUCUUUACCUCGUUUCGCUACGCAUCCGGGUAUAAUGUGCCAGGACUCUACACCGGAAAUGCCACUCUGACCCAGAUUUCUGCCACUGUGAACUCAACCCAGUUCGAACUAAUCUAUCGCUGCCAGGACUGUUUUGCCUGGAACCAAGGAGGAAGCAAGGGAAGUGUAUCAACCAGCAGUGGCCUUCUCGUCUUGGGCCGUGCCGCGGCCAAAGGAAAUCUUCAGAACCCGACUUGCCCUGACAAGGCCAUUCCCGGCUUUCAUGACAAUGGAUUCGGUCAAUAUGGAGCGCCUCUCGAGAAAGUCCCGCAUACCUCCUACUCAGCUUGGGCUUCCUUGGCCACGAAGACGACUACCGCUGACUGCUCUGGGGCAUCCGACCCAGCACCCACUGGAUCCGAGCCGCCAGCCGAGCCAACUUCGACAGCGGAGCCCGUUCCCGUUUGCACACCUGCCCCAAGCAAGACGUACGACUACAUCAUCGUUGGCGCCGGUGCUGGUGGCAUUCCCAUUGCGGACAAGCUCAGCGAGGCCGGAAAAAGCGUGUUGUUGAUCGAAAAGGGACCUCCCUCCACUGGAAGAUGGAACGGCACCAUGAAGCCCGAGUGGCUUCAGGCCACGAACUUGACCCGCUUCGAUGUUCCUGGUCUUUGCAACCAGAUCUGGGUUGACUCUGCCGGCAUCGCCUGUACAGAUACCGACCAAAUGGCGGGAUGUGUCCUAGGCGGAGGAACGGCUGUUAAUGCCGGCCUGUGGUGGAAGCCGCAUCCUCAGGAUUGGGACUACAACUUCCCCGAGGGCUGGAAGUCGAGAGAUACCGUGCCAGCCACUAACCGUGUGUUCGGUCGCAUUCCUGGAACUUGGCAUCCCUCGCAAAACGGCAAGCUGUACCGACAAGAGGGCUUCAACGUUCUAGCCAAUGGGCUGAGCAAGAGCGGUUGGAAGGAGGUGAUCCCCAACGAUGCAUACAACCAGAAGAACCACACCUUUGGUCACAGCACCUUCAUGUUUGCUAAGGGCGAGCGAGGUGGUCCUCUGGCAACCUACCUUGUGACGGCGGCAGCUCGCAAGCAGUUCACUCUCUGGACUAAUGUAGCUGUGAGAAGGGCGGUUCGUAACGGAAGCCGUGUCACUGGUGUUGAGCUCGAAUGCUUGACGGAUGGUGGUCUCAGCGGAACUGUCAACGUGACCCCUAACACUGGCCGUGUUAUCUUUGCUGCAGGCACUUUUGGUUCGGCCAAGCUUCUCCUUCGCAGCGGUAUCGGACCUACCGAUCAACUCGAGAUUGUCAAAGGGUCGACGGAUGGCCCAACGUUCAUUUCCAAGGACCAAUGGAUCGACCUUCCAGUUGGCUACAACCUCAUGGAUCAUCUCAACACUGACCUCAUUAUCACCCAUCCUGAUGUUGUCUUCUAUGACUUCUACGGGGCUUGGAACACGCCCAUUGAAGGUGACAAGAGCGCCUAUCUACAGAACAGAUCUGGAAUCCUUGCCCAGGCUGCUCCCAAUAUUGGUCCUUUGAUGUGGGAUGAACUUAAGGGCUCAGACAACAUCGUUCGUACUCUGCAAUGGACUGCUCGAGUGGAGGGAAGCGAUCAGUACACCACCUCUAAGCAUGCCAUGACUCUCAGCCAAUAUCUCGGCAGAGGUGUUGUUUCCAGAGGCCGGAUGGCCAUUUCAUCGGGUCUGGACACCAAUGUGGCCGAACACCCGUACCUCCACAACGAUGUCGACAAGCAGACAGUCAUCCAAGGCAUCAAGAACCUCCAGGCGGCGCUGAAUGUCAUUCCCAACAUUUCCUGGGUUUUGCCUCCCCCGGACACGACUGUCGAGUCAUUUAUCAACAAUAUAAUCGUCUCACCCUCCAACCGCCGGUCAAACCAUUGGAUGGGAACUGCCAAGCUUGGCAAGGAUGAUGGCCGUGCUGGAGGCAGCGCUGUCGUGGAUCUGAACACCAAGGUGUACGGUACCGAUAACCUCUUUGUUGUUGACGCCUCCAUCUUCCCUGGCAUGACCACCGGCAACCCGUCGGCAAUGAUCGUGAUUGCCUCAGAGCAUGCUGCACAGAAAAUCUUGGCCUUGAAGCCUGUACCAUCUCUGCCUGGCGGCAAUGGCAAGGGAAAAUGGAGAAGAUGA